AUGCGAGAUUCGAUUCACUAUCUUAUUCGAAGUCCAAUAAGAGGUAUUAAACAUCAACUUGCAUCAUUUAAUAUUGGAUUUAUCGACAAAAGUUUAUCAGCCAAAGGUCAACAUGAUGUUGUCAUAACAAAAGAUGCAUCUGUAGAUUUAAUUUAUCUUGGUGCUCGUCUUCGUCAUUAUGAUUGUUUACUUGAAGGAGAAGUUUCUCUAUCAAAUUUAUUAUAUAAAAAUUCUAAUCAUGAUAUUCGAGAAAUAAUUGGUCAAGUACUUUUUAAUAGUUUAUCUGUGCUUAAUCAAUGUCAAGGUGAUGAACUCACAACUGUUUAUAGUUCAAUAUUAAUUUAA